AUGAACGACACAGACGACAUCGUUAAGCGUGCAACGACGAAAAUUGAGCCAAAUGAUAGGCUUACACCCACUUAUGACCCAUUCAAAAAAGAAGCAUGGAAAUGUGGCACUACUCAACUGAACGGCGGACAUAUGAUUACUUUAUCUCCACCAGCUGGCGAUCCGGCCGGCACUCAAUCUGAACCGACGCAAUCGUCGUCGAGCGCCAGCUCCGAUUUGGCAGCCGGCGAUGCCGAAGGAGUUUGGAGUGUCGACAUCGAUCAGGCAUUUCAAGAAGCGCUGGCCAUCUAUCCACCGUGUGGACGGCGAAAAAUUAUCAUCAGUGACGAAGGAAAAAUGUACGGUCGUAACGAGUUGAUCGCGCGGUAUAUUAAACUACGAUGCGGAAAGACGCGGACACGGAAACAAGUCUCAUCACAUAUUCAGGUGCUGGCCAGAAAGAAAAUGCGCGACGAACAAGCGAAGAAGAAGGCCGAAUGUUCGGCGUCAACACCCGCUGCUCCGGUGGUGCCAACGCAGCCGCAACAACCGCAGCAGCAGCCGCCGCCGCAACCGCAACGUGUGCCGCACGCGCCACAAUUUUCUACGCUUCCUAAUAUACCGCAACCACCUCAUCUCACUGAUGCUAAGGAACAUCUCGCUCAGCAGUUACUUGGUUAG